AUGGCCAGUGGCCUUCUUCCCUCCCUGCUGAAAUAUGCCUCCCUCUCGGCUGCCAUCGCCGUCGGACUCUAUGCCGCCCUGUUGGGCCUGUUGACCACCGAGACAGUGCAAUCCCACGUCGUCUACCUCCACGCCAUCCAGAUGACCUGGUUCAAGGAUCUCAAUGUCCCCGAAUCCUUUGGUUUCCUACGCAACCAAGUUACACCGUUUACUAUUCGGACUCCCGAUGGCGAGCAGCUUCACACGUGGCACAUCCUACCCGUGGAAUUGUAUCGGAAACACGAACAGUCUCUUGUCGCCGAGCCCACCGGUUGGGUCUCCGAUAUCACCACUCGACUGGCAUUUCAGCUCCUUCGCGACGAUCCUGACGCGCGCUUAAUCCUGCACAUGCAUGGCGCUGGGGGUACCGUGGGUUCAGGGUACCGGGUACCGAAUUAUCGGGCACUGUCCGCCGGCCAGCCCGACAAGAUCCACGUCUUAACCUUUGAUUACCGGGGAUUCGGCCUCAGUUCGGGCCAGCCGUCUGAAUCCGGUCUGUUGAAUGAUGCCCGGGCCGUGGUGGAUUGGGCCAUCAAUGUCGCUGGCAUCCCCCCGUCUCGCAUCCUUCUCUUCGGCCAGUCCAUGGGUACCGCCGUCAGCAUCGCCAUCUCCCACGAGCUCGCUCUCCAGUCACCACCCGUGGUCUUUGCUGGAACUGUUCUGGUGGCCCCGUUUGUCGACAUUGCCACGCUGGUCUCAACCUACCGGGUGGCAGGGGUCAUUCCCAUCCUCUCGCCUUUGGCCCGCUUCCCCUGGCUUUUUGGAUACCUCCAGCGCUUCAUCCGGGACAAGUGGUUGAGCAAGGACCGCGUGGCGGAGUAUGUACGGGCGAACGAGGUGAAUGAGGAGCCAUACCAUCUCACCAUCGUUCAUGCCGAAGACGACUACGACAUCCCAUGGCAUCACAGCCAGGCCGUCUUCUGGCACGCUGUCCGGGGGUCGGUGCCCGGGGGAAUUAGCUACGAUGACCUCCAACUCAAGAAGUUGGACGCGCAGGUGGAUCUAGGUGCUGCAGGGACCAUCAUGGAUUGGGAAAUUGACCAUGGUAUCCUGAAGACGGGUUUGCACGAUAUCAUCAUGGGGUAUCCAGUCGUGACCAUGGCUGUCAUGCGUGCCUUUGAGGCGGCUGAUCCCAGCUUCGCAAAUUAA